AGUCGCUGAGCGUGUGUGAGGGAGGGAAGGCGCGAGCGAUCGAGCCCGCACCCCGCGCCGGCCGUCCGCAGCACCAGCCAGGCCCUGCCGCCGCCCGCAGCCCCGCGCCGAGGCCGGGCCGAGCCGAACCGAGCUGGGUCGGGCCCGGGCCAUGCUGCUCACCGUGUACUGUGUGCGGAGGGACCUCUCCGAGGUGACCUUUUCCCUCCAGGUCGACGCUGACUUCGAGCUGCACAACUUCCGCGCGCUGUGCGAGCUCGAGUCCGGCAUCCCCGCAGCCGAGAGCCAGAUUGUCUAUGCUGAAAGACCUCUCACGGACAACCACAGGUCCCUGGCUUCUUACGGCUUGAAAGAUGGAGACGUGGUGAUUUUACGACAGAAGGAGACUGCAGACCCCCGACCUUCCGUGCAGUUUCCAAACUUGCCCCGAAUAGACUUUCGUAGUAUAGCUGUGCCUGGCACAUCAAGCCCCCGGCAGCGGCAGCCUCCAGGAGCACAGCGGUCCCACUCGCCUCCCGGAGACAUAGCUUCAUCCCCUCAGGGCUUGGACAAUCCAGCCUUGCUCCGAGACAUGUUGCUGGCCAACCCCCAUGAGCUGUCCUUGUUGAAGGAACGCAAUCCACCCCUGGCAGAUGCCUUGCUCAGUGGAGAUCUUGAGAAAUUUUCGAGGGUCCUGGUGGAGCAGCAGCAGGACCGAGCCCGGAGAGAACAAGAGAGGAUUCGUCUCUUCUCUGCUGACCCUUUUGAUCUUGAAGCUCAGGCAAAGAUAGAAGAAGAUAUAAGGCAACAGAACAUUGAGGAGAACAUGACAAUAGCUAUGGAAGAAGCUCCGGAAAGUUUUGGCCAAGUAGUUAUGCUUUAUAUUAACUGCAAAGUGAAUGGACAUCCUGUGAAAGCCUUUGUUGACUCAGGUGCCCAGAUGACUAUUAUGAGCCAAGCGUGUGCAGAGAGGUGUAAUAUAAUGAGGCUGGUGGACCGUCGGUGGGCAGGGAUCGCCAAAGGAGUGGGCACCCAGAAGAUUAUUGGAAGGGUGCAUCUAGCUCAGGUUCAAAUUGAAGGAGAUUUCCUGCCAUGUUCCUUCUCUAUCCUGGAGGAGCAGCCGAUGGACAUGCUUCUGGGACUGGACAUGCUGAAACGACAUCAGUGUUCCAUUGACCUCAAGAAAAAUGUACUCGUGAUCGGCACCACGGGCUCGCAGACCACCUUCCUUCCCGAGGGCGAGCUACCAGAGUGUGCCCGCUUGGCAUAUGGGGCCGGGCGGGAGGAGAUGAGGCCAGAGGAGAUUGCAGACCGAGAACUAGCAGAAGCCCUUCAGAAAUCCAUACAGGAUGCAGAGAAAAGUGGUGAAGAAACUACCUCACUGGGAAUGUCAUCAUUACCAACUCCAGAUGGGCGUGACCAUCCGGCCUGUCCUUCAGGAAGGAGCCUUGAGAUCGGUAACCCCGCGGGUCUUGCUCACUCUGUCUCUGCCUCAGUCUGCCCUGUCAAGCCCAGUGACCCAGACAGCAUCGAACCUACAGCUGUGGAGGCCUCAAAUUCUGCCGAAUUCCAGGUAGCCUCUGAAAAGAAAGAACCUCUCCCCACCCAGGACCUUGCUGAUCCCGCCCCUUCAGCAGACAGUGCUCCGGCAGCCCAGAGCCCAGUCAUACCUUUGCAGAAUUCACCCGGAGAAGCCACCGUCGCAGAUCACCUGGAGAAAGUUCCUGCUGAAGGAAGCACCCAGAGCCUCCAAUCUCAUCUCCACCCAAGACAGGAAGUAUCUGUCACAACCACUGGGAUGCCAGAAACACAGAGGUUUCUAGGUGAAGAAGGUUGGCAUCCAGCAUGUCAGGCGCUGAGUCAAGUGGCUGGCCUUCAGCAGCACGAGGAGCCGGAGAAUGAGCAGCGCAAGGUUGCACCACAGAAUGCGCUGUGUGACCGAGGACAUCUGUGUAUCACAGGGGACUUUGAACUUCUUGGAGAAAGGCAACAAAAUCAACCAGAAAGUGUUGAUGCAGAAGCUACAAUGAAAGGAGACAGGCUGCAGCAGAAUAUGGACCUUCCUUGUACACAGAGAAACAGUCUAUCUUCAGAAUGCUUUGACUGCUCAAAUUCAGAAACACUUAUGGAAGUGGAUACAGUCGAACAGUCCUCAGUUGCUGUGCUUAAUUCAGCAGAUGGUCAGAAUGCCAGUGUCAAGAAUAUCCGUGCAUCUGAUCUCACCUUGGAUAAUCCCUCCAUGGAAGUGGAAACAUCAAAAUGCAACCCUCCAUCUGAAAUUUUGAGUAAUUCCAUUUCCACUCAGAAUUCACAGCUCCCAGGAAGUAGUGUGGAAAUGUCUGAGACAAAUACAGAAUGUGGGGGUUGCUCCCCCUCUGUAAGUCUGUGUGGCAGUUGUCAGCCCUGUGUGGAGGCAGCAGAGGGAUCUUGCUCAUCUAUAACAGCAGCCUUGAAGGAACUCCAUGGACUUCUGGUCACUAGUAGUAAACCAGUUUCAGAAAAUCCAUCUGAAGAAGUUAUCUGUCAGUCAAAAACAGUAACUGAAGGCCAAACAACUUUUGGGAUCCUUUCUGAAAGAUGGGUCCAAAAUGAGCAGCUUACAGUUACCCAGAGUGAACAGUGUUCACAAGUCUCCUUCCGUCAGGCCAUAUCUGCAUCAGUGAAGACAGAAAAAUUAACAGACACUUCAACUGGCGCUGGAAUAGAAGAUGUAGAAAAUACUAACUUCAGGGGUCCAGGUGAUGGCCUAUUAACUGAUAAGGAAGGUGUCCCCAAGUCUAGAGAAUCAGUAAAUGAGAGCAGUUCUGUCACCCUAGCCUCAGAUAAAACGUCUAAUCAAUUACACUGCACCUUAGGUGUAGAAAUUUCACCCAGACUUUUCGCAAGUGAGGAGGAUGCACGCAAUCAGACUUUGGAGCAAACUAAGUCUUUGUCAUCAGAUUUCAUACUGGUUAAAGAUUUGGGUCAGGGCACACAGAAUCCAGUGACAGACAGGCCUGAGACCAGAGAAGAUACCUGUCCUGAAGCUACAGGGCCACUCCUUGAAUUUGAGCCACCUACCAGCUGUCCGUCCUCAAGUCCCUCCAUUCUUCCACCAUUCAGUUUUCCUGCUGCAGACAUUGACCGGAUUCUCCGUGCCGGCUUUACUUUGCAGGAAGCUCUUGGGGCUUUGCAUCGAGUUGAUGGAAAUGCAGACCUUGCACUUCUUAUUUUGCUAGCAAAGAACAUUGUAGUCCCUACAUAACCAUGGAAACAUGGGCUAGACCAUACUCCAUUCCCUAAAAAUAAAAAGCUAUACACACACACACACAUACAUACAUACAGUACAUGUAGAAACCUGUGAGCAGAAUGUUGAGCCAGAUUUUUUUUAAAGAUUUUUUUCAGCCAAAGUAAUUUACAAUCUCUUGUCUAAUGAUUUUGUCUUCUAUUUGUUAAAAUUUGGGCCUUUUAAAAUGUAUUGGCAGUAUGUGCAUAUGAAAGCUUUUUAUUCUCAUUAAGAUGAUGUAUUCUGGAAUAAAACUGAUGAUUUUGUGUAUAGCAUACCAUUUAGAAUGAGAAUGAAUGCUUUGAGAAGCAGAAGCCCUGAGAAAUCCCACCACCCAUGCAGCCAAGAACAAAUUGAAUUCACAUAUAGGCUGCGUCUCUGCUAUAGGCAAGUUAUGGCUUAUUGGUUCAAUUGUCAGUUUAUAAAUUGGACCACAUGGUUUGGGUGUUCAGAAUUCUCCUCAGUGCUUUGUGUAUUACGAUUCGUCAGUUAUAACAAGACAUUGAAGAAUAAUUGAACAAUAUCCUAGCGUGCUAUGUUGUUACUCAUAUGGUUAGGUAGGAUUUGACAUUUUAAAGGGAUGAAUCAGGAGGAUUUAAAACUUGGGUUACUUUGUACAUCGCAGGCUGCUGCAUAUGUUGGAUGGGAUAUUGUGGGGGAAUUAAGAGUGGAACAUGGUGCUACCCAGAUUUAAAAAGAAGAAAAAUCCUGCAAUUCCAUUUACAAAUGUCUCGGUGAUGUUUCAAGAACUGUGAGUGGAAAAUAAUGGCCUAAACCUUGGAAUUUCCUGGAGAUUGGGGUUGCUAGCAUCUCACUGAUCAUACCUCACCCUUUAAUGACUAGUGAUGAUCUGAAGUUCGGCCAAUGGGUUGAUUGCCAGCAGUCUGUUUCCUUUCUAAACUCAUCUACUAGGGAGUUCUGAAGCUCAGUUUGAGCUGUGAUCUGAGUGCAACAUUGAAGUGUGAACUGUGCCACUGGUUCAUCUUGGUGCUUAGAAUGGUCAGUCUGGUGAGUGUGCUUCAUGGCAGCGGAAAUAGUAAUUGCAGUUUCUGACUCAAGUGGCCUUGGUAGUAUAUUCCAUCCUGUUUCUUUCCUCAGGAGUUCCUUUUUUUUAAACAAGAUUCAUCACAUUUGUGUUUACCAUGUCCAUUUAGAGUGGGGCAUAGUAUAUUGAUGUACUCACUGUGGCCUUUUUAAAUAUGAGGACUAGCCCUUGGAAGUCAUUGUCCUAUGGGCCCCACUGUGCAAUAAUCCUAAUGGGCAGAUUUUACAUCAUCCCCCCUCCCCCCCCGAGGGUGGGGUGGCAGGGAGACUGCUUUCCUGUGUCCAUAGUAGGAACUGGAAAUCUUGGUUUUGUUGAAAAGAAUUUUGAGCAUGAUAAUUCCCAGUUCUGGGUUACACCUUGCAGUGUGUUUCAAACAGAACCUUUGAAACAGCGGUUUAUGAACUUAGUGUUAAGUGAUUUUUGUCUAAAGUCUGACUCUUUGAAAGCUCAUUUCCAUCAGAAUUUACUACGUCGUUGAGUACAAUCAAAAUGGAGGCUCCUAUCAGGAGUUUCUGGCAUUGUAAUCUGGAGCUACUUAAAGGCAUUUCUCUUCUACCCUAUUCCACCUUCUUUUGGCUGUGAUGUUUGUGGGUGUGUUAAGAGACUUUAGUAACAUGAUGGAAAAGUUGCCUAGACUCUUCAUGAUCCUCUGGGGUUAGGAAACAGCAGAAGUUGCAGCUGACUGUUUCCAAGAGGGCACUCAGAGCAACGGGUGAGCCAGAUUGUCUUUAAAAUGUUUUAGGCAGUCACAUGCUGCAGACCCUUUUGCCUGCCCUGCAUCAAAGAGAUCAGACACACUGGAAAGCUGCUGAGAGGGUUCUGUCAACGGACCCUGAGCGCUGUUUGUAAUUAAGUAGUUGGUGCUCUCUGUGAUCGCAACAGAAUCCAGUGGCAGUGCAGUGCAUCCUGCGUUCGCUUUAUGGGUGGAGAUUGGGAACUUACUCUAAGCUUGUAAGCCUUUAGGGCCACAGAGGGGCGUGGAAGAACGUAACAGUGACAAGAGACUUCUCCCAGAAGGCCUUCCAAGUGAAGACAGGCCGCGCCGUCUGCUGUGAGUCGGGGUGCGCAGCGCUCAGAGCCUUGGCCGCUGACUUCGUGUGUCGGUGGGGAUCCGGUCCCAAGGUGGGGUGUGGAAUGCCAGUCUGGGGGGGGCUUCAUGGCAAUAGUUUUUUGUGUGUAUGUAUAUUUACUUUCAGGAGAAAAGGGAUUAGGCCUAUAGGUGUAAAUGAGUUCUUGUUAGGAAUACUUUUGAGUUUAUCCCACUUGCCAGAUGUGCUUUUUCAUCAUUUUCCAAUGUAUAAUCGCUUUUUAUUUUUAAGAUCUUAUUUCCUGUCCAUCAUUUGUAUGAAAGUAAAGUUGUUGAUACUGUUUGGAUUUUGAGUCAUUUGUAAAUUCAGUUCUAGGACACAAAGGGAAUUAUUAAGGAACAUGACACUGGUCAGCCUGCACUGUCAGCUUUUAUUUGAAGUGCAGAAGUUAGAGAUUAAUUUUUCCAAGAAUAAGAUGGAAUUGUGAAACUCCUCUGCUUGCCAGCAGAACUGGUAACAGCCAGCCUAACCAGUAACGGGCCACUCUACUGGACAGCUGUCUGGUUAGCGCUUACCUCCAGGGUGGUCCCAGUUUAUUCACCAAAGAGAGAUUUUUGUGUAUAGCUUAGGCAUUCUCCCUUAAGUUGGUUCCUGUGUGCAAGGAAGUGCUUGGUAACCGGACACCUGUAGGUAGAUUUUGCUGUUGAAGGUGAUAGGAAUGAUCUCCACUUGUACCUGCUGAGGCCCCCAGGCAUCGUCAAUAAAUAGCCUUUGUCCCCGGUUUGGGCCUUAGCCAUAAACAUGAAAGAUCACCAGUUGUUUGACAAAGGGAACUGGGUACCUAGUGUGUGUUAAAACUAUGUUGCUUGCAGCCUACCCCAUGUGUUUUUUCCCAAAACUUUAGCAAGAGGGUUGCAGUAAAUGGACAGAUACAUGAGGCUUUGCGUCACUGGCUGUAUAACCAUUUCAAGUGGCAUCUGCCUGUUCUUCCCUUACCACUUCUGUCUCUAGUAAAAGCCAUAAACAUUUAGUUGGUUUAACCACCAGCUGUUGUGUAUAUAUAGAUGUGUGAUUGAUGAGUAUGUUAUAGUUAACUUUACAUAGAUGAAAAAGCGAACAGUUUUCAUAUUUACAAAUAUAUCCUUCACGUGGGAUUUUUAAUCUUUCCAUGUAUAUGAAAAGAACAGCUUUGCAAAUAACUGCCCAGGAGAAUCGCUUUCUGGUUCCCUUUGCCUGUCCUGACACCCGCCCUGAGGGUGAGCAGGAUAAUUGCACUAUCACGUGCUCCAGAGUUACCACCGGUAACACACACAAGAGGCACUGGCUGCCACGUGCACUCCGCCGUUCCCUAGCACAGAUACCGAAAGGGCAGAUUUCUCCUGGGACUUUGGAGACUCGGCGUGCUCUGUCCAAACUAGAAAGUUAGUUUCCCUUCCAAGGAGGUGAAUGUUACCUUAGCUCCAUAAAAUAAGCUUUUUCUCUAGAACUUAAAAUGCCAAUUGCUCUUAAAGUAAAUUCAAAGCAUGUCCUUGAGAACUGGGAAUGUAAAAUCAUGGCUCAAAUUCUAUUAAACUAAAGAAUUUAGGGGUGAACCUUUGAGGGGCUUGAUUUUCUCUUGUGCCUUAGUCUCUCCAAAUAGCAGAGGCAUCAAAUUUUGGUGAGAAAUGAAAGUGGAAGUAUGGGGGUGGGGGGGUCACGGAAAAUGGCCCUCUUGAAGUCAGCAGGCACACGUGGGAGGGUCUUGAGGCUCACCUUUAUUGUUCCUUCAGAACUAUCCUGCACCAAGUCAUUUGGUAGAAGGAGGGGGGAGCAGGGUAGACGGAUGAGUAAAUACGGCAGAUAGUCCUAACCAUGCACCAGCGACUGCUUUGUCUUCCAUCAGGCCCUCCGAAGCAGGGUGGAGGGAGGGCGGGUGGGUGCUGCGGCACCCUCCCCGCUCCCCCUGAGCAGGGCUGUCCUGGAACACUAUCCAUCUGGGCCAACGGGACUUAGAGGAUUCUGCAGGCUUUGCUGUUGUAAAGCAGCUGAAUGCAAAAUAUGAAAACGGAGCUCCAGAGCCGAAAACGCAGUGAGGGCGCAGGACUGGAUGGUGGGCAUUUGUGAGAACCGAGUACUCGUAGCGACCUUUCUACAGGACAGCUCCAUCAAAAGGGCAUUUCUUUAAUCUAUCGUUUAAAGUGUCACCACAUAAUGUAACCGUAAAACAUACAGGGAGAAUUUCUGGACUUUAGUAACUUAAGAUGUUUACAAUAAGUUACAUAUUGGUGAUUGGUAACCUAGACCCUUUGGGGGCUCUAAGGUGAGAGGAUAUAGCUGAUAUGUUUUAGGGCCCGGUCUUGUGGAAUGAAAUCAGCAGGGGAAAUGGGUCAAGGGUGUAGAAGUUAGAGAUUAUUCCUUUGACCUAAAAAAACUAAGGAAACUACAAAAGACCUGGAACAGAGCGGUGGAAUACAAAAUUAGAGUAAUUUUUACAGAACUGUUUCUCUUUAAACAUGUACCAUAAGGUUUUCAUUAGCUGACUUGAGGAAGGGGCAUGCUGGGAUGUUUUUUCCUGGGAAAUACAUGUCUGAUGGGAAAUGAGGCUGUUUACCAGGAGUUUGUUUUGCACAACCCUGAAUGAGUGCAUGUGUGGCUCAAAGAAAAAGGCAGACCUGCUAAUGUCCUGCCGGAGGCAGUCACGUUGCCGUAUUUUUAAAUGCCUUUGGUCUGAGGUUCCCUGAUGCUGUCCAGAUAUCUUUUUCCUUCCCUGAAGGCUCCACAGCUGGGUUUAUGCCACCAUCCAUGACCUUUUUCUCUGAAUGAUGAUGUUUCCACUCUCUAUUCUCCUACUCAUUCUUUUGAGAUAGUUCUGGUGAUAGAGCAACUCCACAUACUAAUUGCAUUUGCUUUUUUCACUGUGUACCGACGAUGAAAGUUGAUGUGCUCAUUUUAAUUCAAAAUCUCAUCUUCAUGGCGAGUUGGGCCAAUGGCCUUCGCACUCAAGUAAGGUUUGUUUACUAGUUUUAUAGCCAUAUUUGGCAAAUCUUAGCAAAUAGAAACUGCUCUUUGUUCUUGCGAUCGCUCAUGUAUGCUUUCCUGACUUUUGACGCUUUGAGACUACUGCAUCUUACGAGAACUGGGCUGAUUGGCAAGAUAGGCCUGCCCAUAGCUCAGUCUCGCCCAUAAUGCUUUGGUUUUGAGAGUUGAAAAACUCUUGAGAACUUAAGGGAACCAAACUCAGGAAUCCCAAAGUUGGUUGCAUUGUGCCAUUGGUUUAGGGGCUGGACAAGAGGGCCAGCCUGCAGCUGAGUGAAGUAGAUGCAUUUGGGUUUGAGUUUUUGUCACACAAUGAAGUGUAAGUCAGCCCUAAGUAAUUAAAACACUUUAUUUUAUUCUUCUUUUUUUUUUUAAUAGGAACUUUCUG